CAAAAGAUAUAUAUUUGCUGAAAAAAAAAAACAUUUACAAUGUCUGAUGAUGGGAAUUUCGAGUCUUGUGAAUUUGCAAAUACUACGGAACAUGGUCAACAGCCUGUUCUGGAGCCUGAAGAAAUGGGUAUACUUCCGCCUAACCAUCCUUUGCUACGAAGAUUUCAACUGUCUUUGAAGGAACAUCUUUUGCGUACAAAAAAUAAGUUGGAAAACGAGAUUACAGAUAUAAAAUAUCAUGUCAAGACCAAAGAGGAACGUAGGGAGGAGCAGGGGCUGGCAUUGUAUGACAUGCAAAAUAAAAUUACAUACCAGGAGCAACAAAUCAAGGAAAUAUCUGCCCAAAUUGAUGAACAUAUCGAAAAACGCCAACUGGAAGAAGCCGCCGUAGAGAUUCUAAGGAAGGAAUAUGACGAGAAAAUUAAGUUGACAAGAACUCAAAAAUCAUUAUACCAUAAUCGAAUGAUGGAACUAGAAGAUCUUCAAAGUUUGGGCAGUAAUAUUAAGAAUUGGGCAUACGAAGUGGAAGAUGAAGUUAAAAAUGCAAAGCGCAUUGUUAGCCGCGAUGCUCAAUUGCAAAAACAGCUGUCAGAGGAAAAAAGAAAAUCGGAUAUACUAUUUUAUAGACUCGAUAUGGAAGUAAAGAAAAAAGAAGCAGAGCUGCAAUCAAUUUCCGAAGAUGAAGUUGCAAUUAAGGAGGUGGUUAAUGUCCUUAACAUGAGCAUUGCCGAUGCUAACACUGAUUUGGAGGCUCUGCAAAAUGAGCAUAAACGCUUAAUUCAGGCAUGGAGUGAAGUUAUCAUAGCUAUUCAGCAAAGAGAUAAAAUACUCUUUCAAGUUCAGGACAACAUACGUAAGCAAAAAGAGUCAAUAAAACUGAAUUCAAACGGAAUUGAGGCCGUGAAAAAGCAAAUUUCAAGAGAAAUGGAGCUUAACAAAAAGCUGGAAUCCUUCAAGCAAAGAUUGGCCGAUGAUAUGAGUAACUUAAGUCGUGAUUGCCAAAGGGAAAUGGAAGCAUUACUGACCUUGCAAACAAAGCUGGACGAGUUUCCAGAGUUUCUGGCCCGUACCGAAGCCGAUUUGCAAGAAGCGACUCGUGAAGGAAAUAAAUUAUUAUCAGAAAUGCGUAGACUCGAUCUGAUUUUGGACAAAAACCAUCAAAAAAAAUUCAAAACUGAGGAGGCCAUCUUGAAGUUAGCUCAGGAUCAGCUUAUCACUGAUAAAGCUAGUGCUUAUCGUCUUAAAUUAUUAAAUAAAGCUCAAGAGCAUCGUCGAAGCGUUGACAUUUCGUUGUCGAAAGUACAAAAUCAAUUAGCAUUGGCCAUGCUCGAUGUGGAGAAAUUGCGAAGCGUAUUAUUUAACACAAAGAAACAAAAUGACAAAAUUCAAGACAAACUAACUAAAGCUGAAGAAAAGUCAAAUAGUUUGGACGAUGAACUAAAGAAGAUACAAUCUAAAAUUGAAAUCAAAAUGCAGCGGUUCGAAAAGCUUAACAGCCUGAUUGAAGAGAUCCACAGCGUUCAUGGUGACGAAACUGGUAACCCAACUGAACUUAAGGUAAUAUCACUAACCAGAGAACAUAUAGACCGGACAAGUAGUGUAAAGCAGCACGCUUUCUUGUUAACGUUGAAUAUCAAUGAAAUUUCUUUGAAUUUGAUUGAACUUUUAUUUUCAGAAUUAUCGAUCAUAAAGCAGAAAUCGCUGAAGGUUGACCAAGAAUUAGAAAUAUCUGAAAAUAAGACAAGAGAUCUAAGGCUAGAUAUUCAGAAGUAUACCUCAAAAUUGGAGCUAUUGAAUGAGAAAAUAUACACUAAACGAAAGAACCAUGAUAUUGAAGAAAGCGAAUAUGAGCACGAACAAUUUGAGCUAAGCCAAAAACUGAAGGAUACCGAAAUGAGUACAUUAAAGUUGGAAAAAGAUAUAAAUGAAUUGUUAAAUGAAAUUGAACUAAGCAAGGACCUUGUACUCGAUAGACAUAGAGAAGCUCUUUCCUGGGAAACAAAGCAUAAAUUGAUUGAGGAAACUAUUGAUUGGACUAAAACUGAGCGUUCAUUAAACGGUGAAAUAGGGGCAAUGAAAAUUGAAAUUCAUAGAAUGACCAUUCGCUUAAAUCAAUUAAAACGCGCACAGGAAAAAUUGGUGCAAGAUUUAGAGCAUUGUGUGAUGCAUCGUGAACAAAUUUUCGUAAAUGCAUCGGUGAAAGAGCACGUUGAUGCAAAAAAGAAGAAAUAUAAAAACGCAUCCCAAGCCCAAAUAAAGCUUGAUGAAGUCCGCAACAAAUCAAAAGCCAUUCAAAAUGAAAUAACAUUUCUUUCCGAAAAGCGCAUUACUGAUAACAUAAAUAAUAUUGAACGAAUGGUCUACAUUCUACGAAAAAAUCAAAACGAUCUUAAAGAAGUUUCAAAUAAAGAUGCAUCUAUCCGAGCUCAGAUUGAAGAUGCACUUCUUUUAAAACAUUUUAAUUUAGAGCAAAUAAUUCGCAAACAAAAUCGUGCUAAGGCAUUCCGUAAAUUAAAUCAAACAAAAGGACAACAAAAAAUUGUUAGAUCAGAGAGUUCAAUUGAGCAGCAAUUACAGGCUCAAAUCGAAAUGAAUGAUACUCUAAUGGAAAUUGUUCAAACUUUAACUAAUGAUUAUCCCGAGAAAAAAUCUUUUUUUUCAAAACUGUUUAACUUCUUAAAAGAAUGAAAAUUCUUACAAUAAAUUAUAGUAAUGUAAG